GGCCAGUCGAGCUUUACAGUUGGACACACAUCGGGGCUCAGCUUCCAGUCUGUCGGCGUAACGCUUCAAUGGAAUUUGCAUAAGCCGCAUUUGGCAUAAAAAAAAAAAACAACUAAAAAUAAACCCAACCUAAUCGAACAAAUCUGACAACUUUGAACCGCAUUUGGAUCGAUCCGAUCGCUUUCGACUAUAAAAUGAGCCUCAGUUCUCCGAAAGUCAUCAAGCAACUGAGCGCAGCGGAACGUGAAGAGUUUUUCAAUUCCUUCGAUGUCGUCUUCUGUGAUUGCGAUGGUGUUGUCUGGUACACGCUGCGCGAUUUUAUACCCGGCUCGGCCCAGGCCAUCGGGGAGCUGCAGCGUCGUGGCAAGCAGCUCACCUUUGUGACCAAUAACAGCAUCAGCUCCGUGGAGGAGCAUAUGCAGAAGUUCGUCAAGCAAGCGGCAUUGCAUAUAGACCAGCAACAGAUUGUGCAUCCGGCACAGACCAUUUGCGAUCAUCUCAAGUCCAUUGGUUUCGAGGGGCUCAUCUACUGCCUGGCCACGCCGCCCUUCAGGCAGCUGCUGCGUGACGCGGGCUUUCGUCUAACCGAGGAGCGCGAGGGUUUUAUCAUCAAGAGCCUGGGAGAGCUGCACGAGGCCAUCUUUGGCGGGGAGCCCGUGCAGGCUGUCAUUAUUGAUGUGGACUUUAAUCUGACAGCGACCAAGCUGAUGCACGCCCAGUUCCAGCUAAAGAAUCCCAACUGCUUGUUCCUGGCCGGCGCUGCCGAUGCGCUAAUACCCUUCGGCGCCGGCGACAUCAUUGGACCCGGCGCCUUUAUUGACGUUGUCGCCCAGUCCACUGGCCGCCAGCCCAUGGUGCUGGGCAAGCCGGGCGAGGCACUGCGUCAGCUGUUGCGCCAGCACCACGCCCACGUGCCAGCCAACCGAGUGCUCUUCAUCGGCGACAGUCUAGCCAGUGACAUUGGAUUUGCGCGCGCCAGCGGCUACCAGACGCUGCUGGUCCUCACUGGCGGCAGCAGCAGUGCGGAUGUGGCCAGCCUGCCGCCUAGCCACGCCCAUAUGCCCGACUACGUAGGCGACUGCCUGGGCGAUAUUUGCGGCACGAAUAUAAUGGAAUAAACAACAACGAAUUCCAAAUAGGCAUCAAUAUAUACUGUAUUGUCUUAAACAUAGAUAGCUCGAGUAGAUCCGUUGAAGCCAAUAAA